AAGAAAAUGAAUACUCAGAUGAAAUGGUGCUCUCGAGAUCUGUAAAUUUAGCGUCACACAGCCCAGCCGGUCGUAGACAGCGCGUAUAAUGAAUACACGACUACAACAAGAAGGAGGUGCUGGGCUGCAAAUGCGGCUACAGCACGAGUUGCUGGGAAUGCUUCGACGGAUGGCGUGCGAGCGUGGCGAUAGCGUUAUAGUCCAUCUUUUAAUGGUCGGAAGAACCGUAGCUCCAUCCUGUCGCCGUUCGCGAGGCAUCUAGGGUUCCACACGCCCGCCAACACCGCCGCAAACGGCGUUGAACAGACUCUGUGCCAGCAAUGAACAGCCACUGCAUAAAUCUGACUCUUGCGCCAUCUCUACGCUCGUCAACGCCGCCCCAAACAAGGAAUAGCGCGUUUGCCAGAAGUUUCUGCACAAGCUCGGAGCUUUCCCUUUCGACGUUUGAGCGAAGCAUCGCACAUUGUAAACCAAAAUCAGCGCAACAUGUCUACAUUUGAGGGUCUGGUGGCUCCUCCACGACUCCUGGGCCAGCACCGGAUCGAUCACACUAAGCUGCCGCAUCUGCAUGACAUCGAGCAGGUCAUCAAUCGCCAGUCGCAUAAGCGGGUGCCGGUGGACCCAUCGAUAGGCACCAUGCUCCUACUCCACGGACUCUCCAACGACCAUUUGCAACCCAUCAACCAGGUUCGCUCAUUUGACCAUAUUCAGUCCGUGAACCUUGCCUCGCUGCCGCCAGCCGUUCGUGAGAGGAAACUCUGGACGCUGAUGGCCCGUCAUCGCCCUACCCCCACCAACCCUCUCCCUGAUCCACCGACUGAGGACAACGAGCCGGAACAGCCAAAGACCGGAGAUAACAUGGAGCUAUUCGAUAUCUUAGUCUUGCCUAGAGAGAUGCGUGACCACAUCUACGAGUAUGCCGUUCGCUUUGAAAACAUCCAGCGCUUCGGUCACUGGUCCUACGCGUGCAAGGUGCCAAGUAUCAUGCAUACCAACCACCAAAUCCGCCGAGAAGCGAUGGAGACAUACCUCCCCAACAACAUCUUCGAGUUUCGUUGCGAUAACGAGCGGAUAACGCUGUCCAAGUGGCUUCUCAGUAUGCAGGCCAUGGCAUCAGUGUGUGGGAAAGGCAUCGAAAUCUUCAAGGACGUCCGUUUGCAUCUCAUCCGCAACAAGAUCUCUGAGACCCUUAGGGACCUCAAGGUUUUGGCCCACCUACUGCGGACCAGCGCCACACGAGCGGUCGUGGUCAAAACCGGUAACACUUUGCGCCCGAACGAUGCAAGUUACCGCGAGACACUGCUCGAUCUUGCCAAUUACAAGAAUCAAGGUUAUAGCAUCUUCGUGCUCACCAGUCAACACUACGUCCGCGUUUGUGAGGCCAUUGAUGCAAUCCUCAGACUCGGUAUGGAAGCAUGCAGGCUUAAGGUGUCUCAGAACAGGCUGGAAGCACAGCUCGAAGACGAGGUCAAGUGGCAGUUGCGUCUUCGACACACCACAUCCAGCAAGCGAGACAACCUGGUCCGCCCUCCUAGGCCUUGAAAGAUUUGACGCAAUAAGCAGUGAAGUGAGGCUCACGAGGUCCGCAGUCCAGGUCGGCAUAGCAAGUCGAAGCGGAAUUUCGCGAGUCUUGGCUUCCUGUGGUCAUAUACGAGGCCGCAUCACAUUCACGGAGGUGUCAGACAGGUCGAGCACAAAAAGCUAGGGCGGAUGGAGAGCAGAAUGCGUCAAUGGUUACGCGCGGCAUGCAGAGUCACUAUAGCAGCAGCUGCUUCAGUACUAACGCAACUCACAUCAAUUCCUUUAUCUUUCUCCACUAUCCCAACCAGUGU